AUGACAGGGGUACUCGAAAAUUCAAAACCAACAGAGGGUGUCGCGGUUGAGAAGAAUGGCACUAAUGUCACUUUCAACGAACAAACCAAUUAUGUGCCUAAGCGCACUAUUAUCACGAUCUUCCUGGCAUGUUCCAGCGUUGAUCUCCUGGCAUUGAUGGACCAGACGACCCUGGCUGCCAGUCUAUCAAUCAUAGGAAAUGCUUUAGGAGCCAGCGAUCAGACCUCCUGGAUUUCGGGCGGUUACUUCGUAACAUCAACAUGUUUCCAAUUACUAUACGGAAAGCUAUCCGACAUCUGGUCUCGCAAGCUUGUGCUUUUUGUCGGCCUAGCCAUUUUCUUCGCCGGGUCACUGGCAGCUUCCCUUGCGCAGACAGCCACGCAAUUGAUUGUCUUCCGUGCUUUCACCGGAGUUGGUGGUGGUGGUCUCAUGACUGUCGCACAGAUGAUCGUCAGCGAUGUUGUCCCUCUCCGUGAACGAGGCAAAUAUCAAGGUAUUCUAGGUGCCGUCGUUGCUAUUGCCAAUGGCAUUGGUCCUGUUAUCGGAGGUGCACUAGCCUCCAUUUCACAAGACUCGUGGCGAUGGAUCUUCCGCUUGAACCUACCGCUCACUGCAUUAACCACAUUGGCUGUUUUGUUCUUUAUGCCUCUUCGGAAAGUGACUGGGGACUGGAAAGUCAAGCUGAAGGCAAUUGAUUUCUUUGGUGCGCUUCUGGCUCUCGGGGGAACUUCGGUCUUGCUGCUUGGUUUGACUUGGGGUGGUGGUGAGUAUGAAUGGAACUCGGCGCACGUUAUUGCGACUCUGGUCGCCGGGUUCGCCAUCUCUGUUGCUUUUGUUGCGUGGCAGUGGAAGGGUGCGUCGACCCCACUGGUUCCGAUGCAUAUCUUCCAGGGUAGGAUUGUGAAUGGCGCAUGUCUGACCAUGUUCAUCAACGGCUGGAACUUUUUGGUGCAAGUUUACUAUAUUCCUACUUUUUAUCAGCUGGUAUUUGGAUAUUCGACGGUGAAAGCGGCUGCAAUGCUUCUCCCCAUUACCCUCAUGCAAAGUAUGAAUCCUCUUCUUAUUGGUUGUGUUGCUGUGCUGACUCCCUUCGCAGCUAUCAGCAGUACAGCCUCCGGUCUUGUUGUACACUGGGUAGGUCGCUACCGUGAAUGCAUCCUGUUUGGAUGGAUUAUCUGGGCUAUUGGACUUGGUCUUUUCUCGACACUUGAUCAGCAUUCGGGAUUGGGAAAGCAAAUUGGAUAUGGCAUUCUGACUGGUGUUGGGGUUGGAAAUACUCUGCAGCCCUCUCUCAUUGCUGUUCAAGCCGGUGUCGAAAGACGGGAUAUGGCUGUGAUAACCUCAUUCAGGAACUUCGUACGAAACCUGGGCGGCACUCUUGGGCUCGCCAUUGCCGGAACUAUCAUAAAUAAUAUUGUCUCGUCGUCCAUCUCAGUCCUCGAUCUUGACAAAUCUCAGUCACGCUCUCUUCUCUCGAGUCCACAGAGCUAUUUAUCAAAGUUAUCUGCAGAGGAUGCUGAGCAUGUUCGUGAUGUGCUGACACCAGCAUAUCAAAAGGGAUUCCGUAUAAUCUUCAUUGUCGGUGCAUCCCUUGCGACGUUUGCUUUCUUUUUGGCUGUUUUGUUGAUGCCACAGGUUGGCCUGAACCGAGCGGACGAUCAAGCUUUGAGAGAAGAAGCAAAGAAACGGCUCGAUGGAGAAUUGGACGAAGAAAAAAGAGGAAGUUAG